AUGUCUGGCCCCCACGACCCCUAUAAGAAAUACGUUAGCGGCGCCCACCACGCCGCCGACCUCGCCGGCGCCGCCAGCGGCGUCUCGAACCCCAUGGGUUCUAUCCAGAACACCCAGGCCGCGUAUCACACGCACAAGACUAUGAAAGCUCAACUCAAAGGCAUGCGCAAGGCGGUGGCAAACAAUGACCGCGCGAACCAGGCGAGGCGCGAAAUGAAUAGUGCGCAGGUGCAGGCGAGUAGCCUGGUGUAUGGACAGAAUGGGAUUACAAGGGAGAACGGAUGGGUAAAGGAUGCGGAUGGGAAUAUUAAUUCAAAAUAG